AAAAAUAGUGAAUUCGAUCAAUAAAGACAGCAGUACAGGUGCAGGUUGAACGUAAGUAUCAACGAAACAUGGCUGGUAUGCUGUUAAAAAGUUUGCAUACUUUGGAGGCGUUAGACGAACCAACAGCAAAAUGGAACGUUCCUUUAAACGAUGGAAAUCAUGUAAUAGAAUUCGAACAUGGUACAGCGACAGGUCGUCGAUUGGUAAGAAUAGAUGGGAAAGAAAUAUUUCACAGAGAUUGGAUGUUCAAUCUAGUUGGAGACGAAGUCUUCAUGUUCAAUGGUAACAAAUUCGUGAUUAGAAUCGAUCCAAUUCCUGGUUUAAAAUAUUCUUACACAUUGUGGGUGAAUGGCAAGACUUACAAACAUUUUGUGAGAUCGCAGUCAAAAAUUUUGGAAACCUGGUUGGCUAAAGUUAAAAAUGAAGAAUACAGAAUAGUGCUAGAUAAGCAAACGCAGAACGUUUGGGUUAAUAGAGAACAGGUUGAAACAGAGAAUGAAUUUACCGAUGAUGGCGCAGAAAUUCUAUUCUCGGUAGGCGAUAUUCCAGCAACAAUUAGAACUUAUAGUUCUGGACAAAAAGAUAUUGGAAUAAUAUAUUCUUUAUAUAUCGAUGACAUAGAGAUCGAAAAAGAAACUCUACUAAAAGAAGAUGAAGAAAUAUAACCGGAUACACGAUGAAUUUAUUUGAUAAUUAUGUUUUUAUUGUUUCACGUACCAUAAAAAUUUAUUACACAUUGUACAUAAUAUACAACGAAUCACUAUGCAAUAAAAUCAUUGAAAUAAUUUAAUUAAUUGUGAAUCAAACUUUGCAAUUAAAAUCUUGAACACAGCAAAGAAAGAAAA